AUGGGUGUUGUUGGUUCAUUACCUUCUCUUCCUUCACCAUCUACACCAAACAAUACAAGUGAAAUGUCAUAUGAAGAAUCACCAGAUGAAUGUAGUUACUCUAUUAUGACGAUUCAUAAACAAGAUAUACAUAAAAACUUAUCAUCGAAUGUAAAUAUUAGUGAUGAUGAUGAUAAUAAUAAAUCAAAUGAUAGUCAGUGUUUUAUAGCAAAACCUCCUAGAAUUCUAAAAUAUGGUCCUAUAAAUGUAACUGUUCGUCCAUCUGCUGCACCAACAUUAGCAACUGGACGUCGUUCAAAAUUUACCAAACUUGACGGUGAUGCAGCUAUAAAACGUGAAUUACGACGUAAAAGAAAUCGUGAAGCAGCAAGAAAAUUAAAAGAAAAACGAGAAUUUAUUGAACGACAAUUAGAAAAAGAAAUUAGAGAAUUAGAAUCUGAAGAACAAGGUUUAUUAUUAAAAGUUAAAAAUCUUGAAUUAUAUAAAGAACAACUUGAAAUACAACAUCAACAGAUUAUUUCUUUUCAAGAAAAACUUACUCAAAAAACCAUGUCAACAUUAAAACAAGUUGAACGUAAUCGACAAAUACAUCAAAAUGUACCUGUUCAUUAUAAUGAUGCACAUAUAAAACAAGAACCACGUCCUCAAUCACCACGUCCUCAAUCACCACGUCCUCAAUCACCACAAUGGCAAUUACUUUUUAGUAUUUAA